AUGCUCGCCUAUCAGCGUCUCGUUUACCAACAAGUCUACGAGUACAUCGUAUGGAUAUUCAACAUUUUUGAUAUGGUAAUGUACUGUCCAGCUACUCUCUCUACCCAAAUGUUCAAAACUACACGUGGCAAGCGCAACAAAAUGCCUCCCUUUGAGACAUGCAAUGCCAGAAUUGCUUUUUCAGGAACUCAGGGGAAUGCGGCUGAUAUCACCAAAGUGGUCUCUAUCUAUAUGCAAAGAGGCUAUGAAGGUAAGAAUUGUCUUUCCUUCCAUGUUUUUCGUGCAAUUCCAAGCCCCUUGUGAAGGUAUAUCGAUAUGAUUUCUUCUCGAUUUCUCCUUCGUAUCUCUCUCGUUCUCACCCUCGGGCUGUUUGUCAUCUUUCAAUUCCCUCAUACCCGUGAAAUACCAAAGGCCAGCUAUAGGAAGGUAUAUCAAACCGCAGUGAUCGGCCGUAAAGGAGUCUUUGCACAAGCUAUCGCAGAUACAGAUAUUGACGGACCGUUCGAUGGGAGUUCGUUGAAAGAGUUGUGCCAGAAUACGAGAUGGACGCCAGGCUUGAUCUUCAAAUGUGAUCCGCCGACCGGUGGAGUGGGUAUUGUGCGAAAUAUCUAUCUCAACUGUCUACGCUUUGCGAUCGAAGCAGGAGGUUUGCAUCCCACUCCUUGCCGGUCCUUCACUGGCAUAGCUAACAAUAACAGCAACCUCAUUCAUAAUCCCCGAAAUGAUAGCCAGCAGAAAACUCCCAGACCUCGCCCAGGGUAACAAGCAAACCCUCCUACAUGCAAAUCCACCCCAAUCAUUCGAACGCUUCUUCGACCUCGAACACUUUACCCACUCCCUGCGCACCACAUGUCCCGAUAUCCGGACAAUUUCACAUCAAAACGAAUUGUGGGAUAAACCAUCCACCGCGGUACCCCUCCAACUCGACCCCUUCGAACUAAGUGGCCCGAAUAUCGGCGAUGUGAUCCUCUCCUCACCAGAGAAAUGGGCGGAAAGUUUUCGGGAUUGGUUAAACAAAAGCCACCUCAAGCCCUAUAGCGAGGAGAAGCCAGUGGUGGUUACGAUCAUGAAUCCACUUCUCCAAUUGCCUCUCGGGUAUGAUGAGCCACGAUUUGUGGCGAAUUUCGGGAAGGUGUUGAGGUUUAGUGAGGAUGUAAGGAGGCUUGCUGGGACGGUGGUAUUUGCUUUGAAUCAAAGGUUUGGGUUUGGCAUCCAUCCUGAUCGUGGGGGUGUGCAGGAGCAUUACUAUUAUGGUGCGCAUUUGAGGACUGAGGGGGAUGCUACGAGCGCAAAUUGGACGGGUUAUGAGGAUCAGGCUGAGAAUUACCUUGAGGCUGCGAAGUCGUCCGGUUUGAAAGUUGUUUAUCUUACGACUGGGAAUGAUCGGGAUAAAAUACGUUUUGCGAAGGAUGCUGCGAACUCAAGUGUAACAGUUGCCACAAAGGAAGACCUCUUGAAUGCGCACGGCUUCGAGAAGGAAUUUCCUGAAAUGCAAAAUCUGGGUUGGGAACAAAAAUUGUUGAUCGACUACCAAGUUCUGUUACGAAGCAGCAUCUUCGGGGGCACGCAUGAGAGCAGCUUUUCUUGGAAUAUAGCUAUGCGGAGACAUGUUUUGGCAGGUGAUGGGAGUUGGAUACCUAAUGGUAAUAAGACUGCUUCUCACGAGCGUAGCAAGGGAAGACGUAGUGAGGGAAUACGAUGGAACGAUAAGAUGGGUAAAGAGGGCUUGGAAAAGGGGGAACUUUGGAAAUCAAUCAUUUCUGAGCAUCUCCAGGACAAGGAAGAAAGACAGAGUUUCCGCGAUGGAUUGAGCACUAUUUUUGGCCCCGUGAGCGAGGGGAGGGUCUUUGGACUGGCUGUUUGGCCCUGA